AUGGGAAGCGCUGCGAGGCUCGCUCUGUUUUCUUUGUUUUGCAUUCAAAUCCUUGCAGUGAGUGUAGUUGCAAGGAAUGUAGUGAGUGUGGAGCAUGAUGAGGACGAAAAGAACUUAGCUUUUGGGAAGGGAGGGGGAUUUGGUGGAGGAGGUGGGUUUGGCGGUGGAGGUGGAGCGAGUGUGGUUGCGAGGAAUAUAGUGAGUGUGCGGCAUGACGAGGAGGGAAAGAACUUAGCUUUUGGGAAGGGAGGGGGAUUUGGCGGUGAAGGUGGUGGUUUUGGAGGCGUCGUUGGUAGUGGUGUUGGGAGUGGUCUUGGUGGUGGCAUUGGUAAAAGUGGCGGGGUACGCGGUGGUGGCUUUGGAAAAGGACGACGCAUUCUCAAGGGGGGUGGGGUUGGUGGUCGUGGUGGAGGAAGAGCUAGUGGUGGCAAGCAUGGUGGAUUCCAUGGUGGUGUAUAUGGUGGAGUUCACAGCGGUGCUGGUGGUGGAUUUGGAAAAGGUGCACUACAACAGACAGUGUUAUAA